GCCCUAAAAGGAAUGACCUGCAAAUGUUCUCAUAGAUGUGCUCAUGCGUAUGCCUCAUGUCGACAUAUUAGCGGAUACGGGAAUGUUAGGAUCAGAUCCCACAAGCACACAGGUCAAGUAUAAAAUAGAACUUUUCACCUGUUUGCCAUCUCAAAAAUUGACCGGUCUGUAUUGUAUCCCAUGGAAAUUCUGCCCGAUGAUUGUUUAGCGCACAUUUUUUCGUUGACGUCUCCUCGAGACGUAGGCCAAUCCUCUGUUAUUUCUUCCACGGCGCGCUCGAUGGCGAAUUCAGAUAUUAUCUGGGAGAAGUUCUUACCACCCAACUAUCAUGAGAUUCUCUCCAGGCUGGUCGCUCCUUUGAUCUAUUCCUCGAAGAAAGACUUGUUUCUCAGUUUAAGUAAACCACUUCCAAUUGAUCAGGGUAACAAGAUGUUCUCAAUAGAGAAAUCAACCGGUAAAAUAUGCUACGUGUUGAGCGCGAGAGAGCUUUCAAUUGCGUGGGGAAGCAGCCCACUCUACUGGUCCUGGAAACCUUUUCAACCCUCGAGCAGAUUUGCAGAAGUGGCUGAACUGAGAACCAUAUGCUGGCUGGAAAUCAGGGGGAGCAUCGACGCCCGAAUGCUAUCUCCGAGAACGAUAUACGGAGCGUAUCUGAUAGUGAAAGUGGCGGAUCGCGCGUAUGGAUUAGACUCGCUGCCAUCGGAGGUGUCGGUGGAGGUUGGUAAUUUCAAGUCAAGAGGGAGCGUUUAUGUACGAUGGCCUUUGAAGGAGAAGGAGGCAAGAAACUGCCAGAGAACAAUAUCGUCAACCUCGAGAGAUGGGAAAUGGCCUUGUAAGCGAGAAGACGAGUGGCUGGAGAUCGAGUUGGGCUGCUUCUUCAACGGAGGAGGAGGAGAUAAUGAGGUCAGGAUGUGCCUCAAGGAGGUCAAAGGCGUCCAUUUGAAAGCCGGCCUUAUUGUUGAGGGUAUUGAAAUUAGGCCGGUUCCAUUGGACCAGGCCUUCACUUAAGCACUUAUCGGGCUUUCUCUUUGUUUUCAGUCAAACCCUAACCCUAGCCCUUCUCUAUAAAUACCAGAUUUUCCGUUUACAUGUCA